CAGAAUACGGGGGUGUGUACAUCGAUUCCGAUGUAAUCGCAAUUAAAAGUUACAGGCCUCUAUUGAAGUAUGAUGUCACUUUAUCCAGGAAUUCUGAAGACCAACUUGCCAACGGAAUGAUUUUUGCUAAGCCACGUGCUCCAUUUCUUAAAAUCUGGCAUGAGGCUUUCAAAACAUAUGGAUAUUGGAAAAAUGGUCAAAACACAUAUCUAUUCCAUUCAGUACAAAUCCCAUACAAUCUUUCCAAAAUAUUUCCCCAUUUGGUUCAUAUAGAGGAAUGGUCACUUAUCGGUCCAAAGUGGUUUGAAUACGAACAGCUGUUCAAUGGUCGAUAUAGCUGGAAGGAUAACUAUUGCAUUCAUGUGUGGAAGAGUAAAUCCACAGUUCCAGAUGGACCUGAACGUAUAAACAAUCUGCGGAAACACUCUACAUUAAGAGAAAUCAUUGAGUAUAUUUGGAAUGACAAGGCACCAAUUUAGCACAGCUACUUAUAGUGGCCCACGAUCAACACUCUUACCAGGAGAUGAGAUAUCCCAAAGCUGAGAGAGGCCAUUGUCAGAUUCGAUGACCAAUUUUAUGAAAUGGAAUUAUUUUUUAUUAAAACAGAUCUUAGAAUAUUCGCUUUGUUUUCUGUAUGUUCUCAUAAAGUUUGGAUAGCGUUACUGAAAUACAUGUUGUACUAUAGUAGUUUCGAUUUGAUGAUGUCCAGCUGAAAUACAUACUCGUUUCCCAGUUUGAUUUUCAAUAUGAAAACAUCUUACGUUGGAAAUCCAAGAUGCUGAAAUAGUCAUUUGGCAUGUUGUCACUUUAUAUGCAAAAAAUCUCAUAUAAUAAGCGAUGUUGUGUCCAAAUAUGGCACUUUGCCAGUGAACUAAUUCUUUCUUGAAUGUUCGGACAAAAGCUUUGAUAGUACCAACUAAGAACAAAUAUAAUUGCAAAUGAACAGAUUUCUUUUCAGAGAAUGACAUAGGCUAUUUGAUUGGUUUUGAAACCAAC